CAAAAAUUCACUAAAUGCGGAUAAAUACGGUAUCGAUAGCGUUAUCGUGUUGAAUAGACGUGCUUUCGACUGAUAAUUACGAAUUUUAAUUUAUAAUUAACGUGCAUGCAUUUUCUGCAACUAUAAUCACGUGAGAAGAAGUAACAAUGUCACAGAUGUGUGUGAAUGUUUGUCAAUGUAAUCGCAAAACAUGUACAUCCAUAUAGUCGUACAUAAAUACGUCAGCAUUAGUCGCUCUGACGUUUCUUACACAAACAAAAUCUAAAUGAUGAUUAAAUAUUGAAAAACAGGUUAUAACAUUAAAAUUAUGUCAACAAGUUGUAAUUUUAUGUUAUCGUAACAUUCGAAUUCAAUUUUACAAAUUCAAUUAAGAAAUAUGAAACAAUGAAAUUAUUUAAGAAAAUUUGUAAAAAUGCCAAAACUUGUUUUAUAAAUAUUUUAAAAUAUCAUGUGUCCAGUGUAAAUUCGGUACAUAAAUUAGACAAUUUAAAAUGUUGCUCCAACAAUUUGCAGAUUUUUUGAGCCUUAUAACAAUAGGUAUGUGUUUCACAUUAAAGAUUCCUCAGAUUUUGAAUUUAUUGACUGCUAAAUCAGCAGAUCAGAUGUCAGUUGUAGGCCUUUUGUUAGAAUUGACUAGUUAUACUGUGAUGACUAGUUAUAAUUUUACAAAUGGUUAUUCAAUACUAUCUUAUCUGGAAUAUCCUGUUAUUUUAUUACAAGAAUAUAUUUUAAUCUUCCUAGUUCUGAAGUAUUUAAAUAAAAUAAACACAUCCUCAAUUCUAGUCUCAAUACUUUAUUUUAGCAUAAGUAUCUCAUUUGCAAUGCAACUUAUUCCAAAAGUCGUUCUUACCAUUCUAGCGCCAUUGUGUACCCCAAUUUCUGUCUCGAGUAAAAUUGUUCAAUUAAUGGCCAUUUAUCAAGCGAAAAAUGCGGACUCGGUGUCGCCGAUUACUUGGUUUAUUUCUGCAUUUACUAAUUUAACGAGAGUAUUUACCAUAUGGAUGGAUUCGGCAGACAUUUUACUACUAGGAAAUUUUAUUAUCUCUGUGAUUUUAAGUUCGAGUAUUAUGUUUUCCACUAUUUAUUAUAGAUGGAAUAGAGUGAAACGAGAUUAAGACGCUCGAAAGCGACACAAUGCUGUGAAAAUUAAUCUGGUCAAAUGUAUGUGCCAUGUGGCUCUUCUUCCUCGGUAUUUAUCAAUGAAAAACAAUGCAAUUCUAUAGUACUUAUAAUUCAAUAUGUACUUAUAUAAACUUAAACGAACAUUAAUUCUAAAAGCGUACAUUAUUUAUUGUACAUAGGUGAACAUUCAAAGUGAAUAAAAAACUUUAUCAAUAGAUUAAAAUGCAAUCGAAGAUCCUAUUUACAACUUCCCUCUCGAUCAUGUGUUAUU